AUGAAUAAUAAGACUUUGAAGAUUGAGUACAAGGUUGAAGAAAACAAUAAACGAAUGGUUAUACACAAUGACAUGGGUGUCAGGGUGUACGUAAUGCUAAAAAAGGCGAACAUUGAUUUUAACAAAUUUCCUAUUUGUAUAACUUUUUUGGAUUCAUGUGAUAGACAGAUUUCUCAGUGUAAAGAGAUGGGGGUGUUGGCAACUGUUGCAGAAAAUGAUUGUCAUGAUAUGAUUGUUGUUGAACCGGAGGAUAUAAAUGUUGCAUUUUUAUCGAUUGAUACAACUUGGGUGAUUUCAGACGAAUCUAAUAAGCAUGUUGAGGUUGAUAAAGUAUACAAGGACAAAUCAAUUUUGAAAGCAGACAUGGAAAGAUAUGCGAUUAAAGAGAUAUUUCAGUAUAAAACUACUCGGUCAAAUUCAAUAAGGUAGUGCGCCUCUCAAAUAGUGACUUUUAAACUGUAUAAAUGUUUUUAUUGCCUAUUGUAAACUAAAUUUGUAUACUAUAUUAAAAAUUAUAUGCAGUUACACUCUGGAAUGUUUUACUAAAGGAUGUGAAUGGUUAAUGAAGACCUCUAAUAUCAACAAAUCUGGAAUGUUCAGAAUUCGAGCAUUCAACCGAAAGCAUACAUGUCCUUUAAACGAUAGAGUUUAUUCGCAAAGACAUGUAACUAGCAAUUUAAUAGGAGGGAUUGUGAAACCUAAAUUUGUAGAUCAUAAACGUAAAUAUACACCAGCUGAUAUAAGAAAGGAUGUUAAGAUUGAUCUAGGAGUUGAUGUUAACUAUAUGAAGGCUUGAAGGGCCAGGGAGAAAGCAUUAAAAGCUUUGAGGGGUACACCAGCUGCAUCAUAUGCAAAGUUACCUGCGUAUUUGUAUAUGAUGGAUAUCACUUACCCGGGGUCUCAUAUACGUAUGAAAAAGAGUACGAAUAAUGAGUUCUUGUAUCUAUUUGUUGCAUUGAAUACAUUUAUCCAAGGAUUCAAUCAUUGUAGACCAGUAGUCGUGGUGGAUGGUAGUCAUCUGAGAGGUCCAUAUAAUGGUACAUUUGUUGCAGCAAGCACGACAGAUGGCGCAGGACAUAUAUUUCCACUUGCGUAUGGUAUUAUCGAUUCAGAAAAUGAUGCUGCGUGGACUUGGUUUUUUGAGCAACUUAAAGAAGCAUACGGUGAGAGGAGUAACAUGUGUGUUGUGUCUGAUAGAAAUGAGAGCAUUAUAAAGGCUGUUACAAAUGUAUACAGUAAUGUCCCACACUAUGGCGAAGCCGCUGUAGCGGGUGAUGGCCGCUAUGGCGGGUUAGAUGCAACUCAGGCCUUUUCUUGA